AUGUCUACAGCAGCUGAGGCUGCUCCAAAGUACACAGCACCUGCCUCCAUUCAGGUCCCAGCCGAGCAAUUCCCAGCACCAAAAGUUACCAGAAAGAACCUGAUUGAUGUUGUUUCGCAAGAGCAAGUUCAGCGUGCUAACGUUGACGGAAGAAUGGAAUUGUUUUCUCGUAAAAACCCAAAUCGCAUUCAACCUGGUUCAGUGUUGCUAGUAGAGACUCUUAACUCCAAGGCAAAAGAAAGCACCUCAACAUUCAUGGGCGUCGUCAUUGCCAUUAGACGAAAAGGAUUAGAAACCACCUUCACGCUACGAAACCUUGUUAUGAAGGUCGGUGUCGAACAACGUUUUGCCCUGUAUUCUCCUAUGUUGAAGAGCAUCAAGGUUCUUCAACAAGCUGGUAGCAAAGAUAUCAAGUUCAGAAGAGCAAAACUCUUUUAUCUCCGAGACCAGCCUGGCAAGGCAUUCCAAUCAUUACAGUCAUUGUGGAAGCAGGAGCAAGCAGAGAAAGUUGCUGCCAAAAAGAACUAA